AUGAUGAUCGAAAACUCAACCAUUUUCUACCCGAAAGAGGGACGAUGUCUCGUCGAUUGCGCAAACCUGAACGCCGUAUUAAAGAUAAACGGCUGCAAUGCAACGCGAUUCAUCCGUCCUCUUCUGUUUACAAAUAUAUUGCUUGAAGCCUCUGAUGAGUCAAAACAUGAAGUGACUGGCCAUUUUGUGCUUCGCGUCGAGGAUGGGGGUCUAUUGGAAGAAAAAAUGGAAACAGACCUGGAGGCCAUCUUUCCGUUAUGCCCUUCCCCGCCGAAUUUGAUCUGGCGCCAUGCCUCCUUUCCAACUUUGGCCCUCCACCGGGCCCACUAA